AUGGCCAAUGGUGAUGUUUCCAAACUUUGGACUCCGAGCUACAAAUCGCCAUCUCUCUCUUUUCGACUGUCAAGAGUUUGCAGCAGAUGGACCGAGACUGUCGACACUAGCUUCGCCGAUAGAGUUUGUUUGAUUCUUUGUCUAAUUACGGGACUUUGCGACAGUUGUGCGUUCAACUCUUGGUCAUGUUUUCUAGCUAUGCAAACUGGAAACACCAUCGUUCUUGGGCUAGGUGCAUCUCAACAGCCCAUCGGGACUCCUCUCGGGUGGGCCCGUUCCGCCGUAUCGAUCUCAUCCUUUAUUGCAGGCGCUAUUACUUUUGAUCGAUUGACGAAAGCUCUUGGAGUCCGUCGCCGGGGAACGCUUGUGAUCUCAUUUGGCCUGCAAUCGACCCUGAUCAUCAUCGCCGCUGUCUUGAUUCAAAUCAACAUCAUCCAGAAACAAGAUGAGCGAUUGUUUACAUCCGAAAAUCCUCUGCUCAGUCUGAUUCCAAUUUGCCUUUUGGCUUUUCAGUCAGCUGGGUCCAUUAACUCUACCCGGAUGCUAGGGUUCAAUGAGAUACCCGGGGUUGUUCUCACAAGCGUCUACUAUGAUAUUGCAUCAGACCCGGGUUUAUUUGAGAGGCCUAGUCGAAAUAUUAAGCGAAAUCGCCGCAUUGGAGGAGUGGUGAUGCUACUCAUGGGGGCGAUAAUCGGGGGUUGGCUGAGUCGAUCCAAAGGUGGAAUGGGGUUGGUCUUAUGGAUUGCAGCAUCCUUGAAGCUUUGUAUCAGCGCGGGAUGGUUAUUUUGGCCACAUGCGUAA